AUGGGUAAUCCCACCUUUACAACGUGGGGGUGGCGGCGAGCACGGGGCGGCGGCGAGCACCGGGAGACGGCGACCAGGCGGCGGCAGCAGCAGGAGCAGCAGCAGCGAGUACCAGGAGACGGCGACCAGGCGGCGGCAGCAGCAGGAGCAGCAGCAGCGAGUACCAGGAGACGGCGACCAGGCGGCGGCAGCAGCAGGAGCAGCAGCAGCGAGUACCAGGAGACGGCGACCAGGCGGCGGCAGCAGCAGGAGCAGCAGCAGCGAGUACCAGGUGACGGCGACCAGGCGGCAGCAGCAGCAGGAGCAGCAGCAGCGAGUACCAGGAGACGGCGACCAGGCGGCGGCAGCAGCAGGAGCAGCAGCAGCGAGUACCAGGAGACGGCGACCAGGCGGCAGCAGCAGCAGGAGCAGCAGCAGCGAAUACCAGGUGACGGCGACCAGGCGGCAGCAGCAGCAGGAGCAGCAGCAGCGAGUACCAGGAGACGGCGACCAGGCGGCGGCGGCAGCAGGAGCAGCAGCAGCGAGUACCAGGAGACGGCGACCAGGCGGCGGCAGCAGCAGGAGCAGCAGCAGCGAGUACCAGGUGACGGCGACCAGGCGGCAGCAGCAGCAGGAGCAGCAGCAGCGAGUACCAGAUGGCGGCGACCAGGCGGCGGCAGCAGCAGGAGCAGCAGCAGCGAGUACCAGGUGACGGCGACCAGGCGGCAGCAGCAGCAGGAGCAGCAGCAGCGAGUACCAGAUGGCGGCGACCAGGCGGCGGCAGCAGCAGGAGCAGCAGCAGCGAGUACCAGGAGACGGCGACCAGGCGGCGGCGGCAGCAGGAGCAGCAGCAGCGAGUACCAGGAGACGGCGACCAGGCGGCGGCAGCAGCAGGAGCAGCAGCAGCGAGUACCAGGAGACGGCGACCAGGCGGCGGCGGCAGCAGGAGCAGCAGCAGCGAGUACCAGGAGACGGCGACCAGGCGGCGGCAGCAGCAGGAGCAGCAGCAGCGAGUACCAGGAGACGGCGACCAGGCGGCGGCAGCAGCAGGAGCAGCAGCAGCGAGUACCAGGUGACGGCGACCAGGCGGCAGCAGCAGCAGGAGCAGCAGCAGCGAGUACCAGGAGACGGCGACCAGGCGGCGGCAGCAGCAGGAGCAGCAGCAGCGAGUACCAGGAGACGGCGACCAGGCGGCGGCGGCAGCAGGAGCAGCAGCAGCGAGUACCAGGAGACGGCGACCAGGCGGCGGCGGCAGCAGGAGCAGCAGCAGCGAGUACCAGGAGACGGCGACCAGGCGGCAGCAGCAGCAGGAGCAGCAGCGGCGAGUACCAGGAGACGGCGACCAGGCGGCGGCAGCAGCAGGAGCAGCAGCAGCGAGUACCAGGUGACGGCGACCAGGCGGCAGCAGCAGCAGGAGCAGCAGCAGCGAGUACCAGGAGACGGCGACCAGGCGGCGGCAGCAGCAGGAGCAGCAGCAGCGAGUACCAGGAGACGGCGACCAGGCGGCGGCAGCAGCAGGAGCAGCAGCAGCGAGUACCAGGAGACGGCGACCAGGCGGCGGCAGCAGCAGGAGCAGCAGCAGCGAGUACCAGGAGACGGCGACCAGGCGGCGGCGGCAGCAGGAGCAGCAGCAGCGAGUACCAGGAGACGGCGACCAGGCGGCGGCAGCAGCAGGAGCAGCAGCAGCGAGUACCAGGAGACGGCGACCAGGCGGCGGCAGCAGCAGGAGCAGCAGCAGCGAGUACCAGGAGACGGCGACCAGGCGGCGGCAGCAGCAGGAGCAGCAGCAGCGAGUACCAGGAGACGGCGACCAGGUGGCGGCAGCAGCAGGAGCAGCAGCAGCGAGUACCAGGAGACGGCGACCAGGCGGCGGCAGCAGCAGGAGCAGCAGCAGCGAGUACCAGGAGACGGCGACCAGGCGGCGGCAGCAGCAGGAGCAGCAGCAGCGAGUACCAGGAGACGGCGACCAGGCGGCAGCAGCAGCAGGAGCAGCAGCAGCGAGUACCAGGAGACGGCGACCAGGCGGCGGCAGCAGCAGGAGCAGCAGCAGCGAGUACCAGGAGACGGCGACCAGGCGGCGGCAGCAGCAGGAGCAGCAGCAGCGAGUACCAGGUGACGGCGACCAGGCGGCGGCAGCAGCAGGAGCAGCAGCAGCGAGUACCAGGAGACGGCGACCAGGCGGCGGCGGCAGCAGGAGCAGCAGCAGCGAGUUCCAGGAGACGGCGACCAGGCGGCGGCAGCAGCAGGAGCAGCAGCAGCGAGUACCAGGAGACGGCGACCAGGCGGUGGCGGCAGCAGGAGCAGCAGCAGCGAGUACCAGGAGACGGCGACCAGGCGGCGGCGGCAGCAGGAGCACCAGCAGAGCAGCAGCAGCGAGUACCAGGAGACGGCGACCAGGCGGCGGCAGCAGCAGGAGCAGCAGCAGCGAGUACCAGGAGACGGCGACCAGGCGGCGGCAGCAGCAGGAGCAGCAGCAGCGAGUACCAGGAGACGGCGACCAGGCGGCGGCAGCAGCAGGAGCAGCAGCAGCGAGUACCAGGUGACGGCGACCAGGCGGCGGCAGCAGGAGCAGCAGCAGCGAGUACCAGGAGCAGCAGCAGCGAGUACCAGGUGACGGCGACCAGGCGGCGGCGGCAGCAGGAGGACCAGCAGCGAGUACCAGGAGACGGCGACCAGGCGGCGGCAGCAGCAGGAGCAGCAGCAGCGAGUACCAGGAGACGGCGACCAGGCGGCGGCAGCAGCAGGAGCAGCAGCAGCGAGUACCAGGUGACGGCGACCAGGCGGCGGCAGCAGCAGGAGCAGCAGCAGCGAGUACCAGGUGACGGCGACCAGGCGGCGGCGGCAGCAGGAGCACCAGCAGCGAGUACCAGGAGACGGCGACCAGGCGGCGGCGGCAGCAGGAGCAGCAGCAGCGAGUACCAGGAGACGGCGACCAGGCGGCGGCAGCAGCAGGAGCAGCAGCAGCGAGUACCAGGAGACGGCGACCAGGCGGCGGCAGCAGCAGGAGCAGCAGCAGCGAGUACCAGGAGACGGCGACCAGGCGGCGGCAGCAGCAGGAGCAGCAGCAGCGAGUACCAGGUGACGGCGACCAGGCGGCGGCAGCAGCAGGAGCAGCAGCAGCGAGUACCAGGUGACGGCGACCAGGCGGCGGCGGCAGCAGGAGCACCAGCAGCGAGUACCAGGAGAUGGCGACCAGGCGGCGGCGGCAGCAGGAGCAGCAGCAGCGAGUACCAGGAGACGGCGACCAGGCGGCAGCAGCAGCAGGAGCAGCAGCAGCGAGUACCAGGAGACGGCGACCAGGCGGCGGCAGCAGCAGGAGCAGCAGCAGCGAGUACCAGGAGACGGCGACCAGGCGGCGGCGGCAGCAGGAGCAGCAGCAGCGAGUACCAGGAGACGGCGACCAGGCGGCGGCAGCAGCAGGAGCAGCAGCAGCGAGUACCAGGAGACGGCGACCAGGCGGCAGCAGCAACAGGAGCAGCAGCAGCGAGUACCAGGAGAUGGCGACCAGGCGGCGGCAGCAGCAGGAGCAGCAGCAGCGAGUACCAGGUGACGGCGACCAGGCGGCAGCAGCAGCAGGAGCAGCAGCAGCGAGUACCAGGAGACGGCGACCAGGCGGCGGCAGCAGCAGGAGCAGCAGCAGCGAGUACCAGGAGACGGCGACCAGGCGGCGGCAGCAGCAGGAGCAGCAGCAGCGAGUACCAGGAGACGGCGACCAGGCGGCGGCAGCAGCAGGAGCAUCAGCAGCGAGUACCAGGAGACGGCGACCAGGCGGCGGCGGCAGCAGGAGCAGCAGCAGCGAGUACCAGGAGACGGCGACCAGGCGGCGGCGGCAGCAGGAGCAGCAGCAGCGAGUACCAGGAGACGGCGACCAGGCGGCGGCAGCAGCAGGAGCAGCAGCAGCGAGUACCAGGAGACGGCGACCAGGCGGCGGCGGCAGCAGGAGCAGCAGCAGCGAGUACCAGGAGACGGCGACCAGGCGGCGGCGGCAGCAGGAGCAGCAGCAGCGAGUACCAGGAGACGGCGACCAGGCGGCGGCGGCUGUGGCGGCGAAGGCCACGACGGCGGCGGCGGCGGCGGCGGCGAACUCCGGGCGGCGAGGGCCGGGCGGCGGGCAGAUGGACGAAAAGACGAGAGCAAUGGCUGCGGCUCUUCCAAACCCAAGAUACACCCUGUGUAAUUCCUCGACUCGGAGCUGCGGGGAUCCAAGCCUCGAAUGUCGGUGCUGUCUACAGGCCAUAA